UCUAAUUGCAGAACACAAUGGCGCAAAGAGAUGCAGAUAAGUACCUUUAUGUGGACAAAAACAUAAUUAACAACCCCCUGACUCAGGCUGACUGGGCAGCCAAGAAGCUGGUAUGGGUUCCCUCGGAGAAGAAUGGGUUUGAGGCAGCUAGCCUGAAGGAAGAAGUAGGCGAUGAGGCCAUUGUGGAACUGGCAGAGAAUGGGAAGAAAGUGAAAAUAAAUAAGGAUGACAUCCAGAAGAUGAACCCUCCCAAAUUCUCUAAGGUGGAAGAUAUGGCAGAGCUGACAUGCCUGAAUGAGGCUUCUGUGCUUCACAACUUGAAGGAGAGGUACUACUCUGGACUGAUCUACACCUAUUCAGGCCUGUUCUGUGUAGUAAUCAAUCCUUACAAGAACCUGCCCAUAUACUCAGAAGAAAUAGUGGAAAUGUACAAAGGCAAAAAGAGGCAUGAGAUGCCCCCUCACAUCUAUGCUAUCACAGACACAGCCUACAGGAGUAUGAUGCAAGAUCGAGAGGAUCAGUCCAUCCUUUGCACAGGUGAAUCAGGAGCUGGUAAGACAGAGAACACCAAGAAGGUCAUUCAGUAUCUGGCUCAUGUUGCUUCCUCGCAUAAAUCUAAAAAGGACCAGGGAGAACUAGAGAGGCAGUUGCUGCAAGCUAAUCCCAUCCUGGAGGCUUUUGGAAAUGCCAAGACAGUAAAGAAUGACAACUCCUCAAGAUUUGGCAAAUUCAUCAGAAUCAACUUUGAUGUCAAUGGCUACAUUGUUGGAGCCAAUAUCGAGACCUAUCUACUGGAGAAAUCACGUGCAAUUCGUCAAGCCAAAGAGGAGAGAACAUUUCACAUCUUUUACUACCUGCUGUCCGGGGCAGGGGAGCAUCUGAAGACUGAUCUGCUGCUGGAGCCGUACAACAAAUAUCGUUUCCUUUCCAAUGGGCAUGUUACAAUCCCGGGUCAGCAAGACAAAGACAUGUUCCUGGAGACUAUGGAAGCAAUGAAGAUCAUGGGCAUCCCAGAUGAGGAGCAAAUGGGUUUGCUGAAGGUUAUCUCAGGCGUUCUUCAACUUGGCAACAUUGUCUUCAAGAAAGAGCGCAACACAGACCAAGCCUCCAUGCCAGACAACACAGCUGCUCAGAAAGUGUCUCAUCUUUUGGGUAUCAAUGUGACGGAUUUCACUAGAGGUAUCCUGACCCCUCGCAUCAAGGUUGGACGAGAUUAUGUCCAGAAGGCUCAGACCAAAGAACAGGCUGACUUUGCCAUUGAGGCUCUGGCUAAAGCCACCUAUGAGCGGAUGUUCCGGUGGCUGGUUAUGCGGAUCAACAAGGCCCUGGAUAAGACCAAGCGCCAGGGUGCGUCGUUCAUUGGAAUCCUUGACAUUGCAGGCUUUGAGAUUUUUGAGCUGAACUCCUUUGAGCAGUUGUGUAUUAAUUACACAAAUGAAAAGUUGCAGCAGCUCUUCAACCACACCAUGUUCAUUCUGGAGCAAGAGGAGUACCAAAGGGAGGGCAUAGAAUGGAAUUUCAUUGACUUUGGUCUGGAUCUUCAGCCCUGCAUUGAUCUCAUAGAAAAGCCGGCUGGGCCUCCUGGUAUUCUGGCGCUGCUGGAUGAAGAGUGCUGGUUCCCAAAAGCAACAGACAAAAGCUUUGUGGAAAAGGUUGUACAAGAGCAAGGCACCCAUCCCAAAUUCCAGAAACCAAAGCAGCUGAAAGACAAAGCUGAUUUCUGUAUCAUACAUUAUGCUGGCAAGGUGGAUUAUAAAGCAGAUGAGUGGCUGAUGAAGAACAUGGAUCCGCUGAAUGACAACAUUGCUACUCUUCUGCACCAGUCAUCGGAUAAGUUUGUGUCUGAGCUGUGGAAAGAUGUUGAUCGUAUUGUUGGACUGGAUCAAGUGGCUGGCAUGUCAGAUACAGCCUUGCCAGGAGCCUUUAAAACCAGGAAGGGUAUGUUCCGAACAGUGGGACAGCUCUACAAGGAACAGCUGGCCAAACUGAUGGCUACCUUAAGGAACACCAACCCCAACUUUGUCCGUUGCAUCAUCCCCAACCAUGAGAAAAAGGCUGGCAAAUUGGACCCCCAUUUGGUCCUCGAUCAACUUCGCUGUAAUGGGGUGCUGGAGGGAAUCCGUAUCUGUCGUCAGGGUUUCCCCAACAGAGUCGUCUUCCAGGAAUUCAGACAAAGAUAUGAAAUCUUAACUCCAAAUGCAAUUCCCAAAGGAUUUAUGGAUGGAAAACAGGCUUGUGUGCUGAUGAUCAAAGCAUUAGAGCUGGAUUCCAACCUUUAUCGAAUUGGGCAGAGCAAAGUAUUUUUCAGAGCUGGAGUCCUUGCUCAUCUUGAAGAAGAGAGAGACCUGAAGAUCACAGAUGUCAUUAUUGGCUUCCAAGCAUGCUGCAGAGGCUACCUGGCAAGAAAAGCCUUUGCCAAGCGCCAGCAGCAAUUGACAGCCAUGAAAGUGCUUCAGAGAAACUGUGCUGCCUAUUUAAAACUGAGAAACUGGCAGUGGUGGAGGUUGUUCACCAAGGUAAAACCUCUUUUGCAAGUAAGCAGGCAGGAAGAGGAGAUGAUGGCCAAGGAAGAAGAACUGAUGAAGGUCAAGGAGAAGCAGCUAGCUGCAGAAAACAGACUGACUGAGAUGGAGACCUUCCAGGCUCAGCUAAUGGCAGAGAAGAUGCAGCUGCAGGAACAACUGCAAGCAGAAACUGAACUGUGUGCUGAGGCUGAGGAGAUAAGAGCUCGCCUUACAGCCAAAAAACAAGAACUAGAGGAGAUCUGUCAUGAUCUUGAGUCCAGGGUGGAGGAGGAGGAAGAACGGUGUCAGCAUCUGCAAGCUGAGAAGAAGAAAAUGCAGCAGAACAUUCAGGAACUAGAGGAGCAGCUUGAAGAAGAGGAAAGCGCAAGACAGAAGUUGCAGCUAGAAAAAGUUACCACAGAGGCCAAACUGAAGAAAUUGGAAGAAGAUGUGAUAGUUUUGGAAGACCAGAAUCUCAAAUUGGCCAAGGAAAAGAAACUCUUGGAAGACAGAAUGUCUGAAUUUACAACCAACCUAACAGAAGAAGAGGAGAAAUCAAAGAGUUUAGCCAAACUGAAGAACAAACAUGAAGCCAUGAUCACAGAUCUGGAAGAACGGCUGCGACGUGAAGAGAAGCAGAGGCAAGAAUUGGAAAAGACUCGCAGAAAGCUUGAGGGAGACUCCAGUGAUCUGCAUGACCAGAUUGCUGAGCUGCAGGCUCAGAUUGCAGAACUCAAAAUGCAGCUGGCCAAGAAGGAAGAGGAGCUACAGGCAGCCUUAGCUAGGGUGGAAGAGGAGGCAGCUCAGAAAAACAUGGCCCUGAAAAAGAUCCGGGAGCUGGAAUCCCAGAUCACUGAGCUGCAAGAAGAUCUGGAAUCAGAGAGAGCAUUCAGGAACAAAGCCGAAAAGCAGAAGCGGGAUCUGGGGGAGGAGCUGGAGGCCCUGAAAACAGAACUAGAAGACACACUAGAUUCUACAGCUGCUCAACAGGAGCUCAGGUCAAAGCGAGAGCAAGAAGUAACGGUUUUGAAAAAAACUCUUGAGGAUGAGGCAAAGACUCAUGAAGCUCAAAUCCAAGAGAUGAGGCAGAAACAUUCACAAGCUAUUGAAGAGCUUGCAGAGCAGUUGGAACAAACUAAACGGGUGAAAGCAAAUCUUGAAAAAGCAAAACAAGCCCUGGAAAGCGAGAGGGCAGAGCUGUCCAAUGAGGUGAAGGUGCUGCUGCAGGGCAAAGGGGAUGCUGAGCACAAGCGGAAAAAAGUCGAUGCCCAGCUCCAAGAACUGCAGGUGAAAUUUACGGAAGGUGAAAGAGUAAAGACAGAACUGGCAGAGAGGGUCAACAAACUGCAGGUUGAGCUGGACAAUGUCACAGGCCUUCUGAACCAGUCUGACAGCAAAUCAAUCAAAUUAGCAAAGGACUUCUCUGCUCUGGAGUCACAGCUUCAGGAUGCACAGGAGCUGCUGCAGGAGGAAACCCGCCAAAAACUGAGUCUCAGCACUAAGCUGAAGCAGAUGGAGGAUGAGAAGAAUAGUUUCAAAGAGCAGCUGGAAGAAGAGGAAGAGGCAAAGAGAAACCUGGAGAAACAGAUCUCCAUUCUUCAGCAACAGGCAAUAGAUGCAAAGAAGAAAGUGGAUGAUGGUCUGGGCUGCCUUGAAUUAGCAGAGGAAGGCAGGAAGAAGUUGCAGAAGGACCUGGAGAGCUUGAGCCAACGUUAUGAGGAGAAGGCAGCUGCAUAUGACAAGCUGGAAAAAACAAAGACCCGCCUGCAGCAAGAGCUGGAUGACAUCACUGUGGACCUGGAUCAUCAGCGGCAGACAGUUUCCAAUCUGGAGAAGAAGCAGAAGAAGUUUGAUCAGCUUUUGGCAGAGGAGAAGAACAUCUCUGCCAAGUAUGCAGAAGAACGGGACCGCGCUGAGGCAGAAGCCCGUGAGAAGGAGACUAAGGCCCUGUCGCUGGCCAGAGCCCUGGAAGAAGCCAUAGAGGAGAAGGCUGAGCUGGAACGAGUCAAUAAGCAGUUCCGCGCGGAGAUGGAAGACCUGAUGAGUUCAAAGGAUGAUGUUGGGAAAAGUGUCCAUGAGCUGGAGAAGGCUAAGCGAGCCCUGGAGCAGCAGGUGGAGGAGAUGAAGACACAGCUGGAAGAGCUGGAGGAUGAACUCCAGGCCACAGAGGAUGCCAAACUGCGGCUAGAAGUGAACCAACAGGCCAUGAAGGCGCAGUUUGAUCGAGAUCUCCAGGGCCGUGAUGAACAGAAUGAAGAGAAGAAGAAACAGCUGAUUAGACAAGUACGGGAAAUGGAGGCAGAAUUGGAAGAUGAAAGAAAGCAACGUUCUAUUGCUGUGGCUGCCAGGAAGAAGCUAGAGAUGGACCUGAAGGACAUAGAGAGCCACAUAGAGACUGCUAACAAGAAUCGUGAAGAAGCCAUCAAGCAGCUCCGCAAACUGCAGGCACAAAUGAAGGAUUACAUGAGGGAACUGGAAGACACGCGUACUUCCAGAGAAGAGAUCUUGGCACAGGCUAAAGAGAACGAGAAGAAGUUGAAGAGCAUGGAGGCAGAGAUGAUCCAGCUGCAGGAGGAACUUGCAGCCGCAGAGCGCGCCAAGCGCCAGGCCCAGCAAGAAAGGGACGAGCUGGCUGAUGAGAUUGCUAACAACAGUGGUAAAGGAGCACUGGCCAUGGAGGAGAAGAGACGCCUGGAGGCCCGGAUAGCUCAGCUGGAGGAGGAGCUGGAGGAGGAGCAGGGCAAUACAGAGAUAAUCAAUGACCGGCUCAAGAAGGCAAAUCUUCAGGUACCUGUUCAGUCUGGGUCUGCUGGUAGAGGCUCUCAAAUCUGUAAGAACGAGAACGCUCGCCAGCAGAUGGAGCGCCAGAACAAGGAGCUCAAGCUCAAGCUCCAGGAGAUGGAGAGUGCAGUGAAGUCCAAGUUCAAGGCUACCAUCACAGCCUUGGAGGCAAAGAUAGCGCAGCUGGAGGAGCAGUUGGACAUGGAGACAAAGGAGCGCCAGGCUGUCAGCAAGCAGGUGCGCCGUGCCGAGAAGAAGCUGAAAGACAUAUUGCUGCAGGUGGAUGAUGAGAGGCGUAAUGCUGAGCAAUACAAAGAUCAGGCGGACAAGGCCAACAUGCGCUUGAAGCAGCUGAAACGGCAGCUGGAGGAGGCUGAAGAAGAGCCCCAGCGAGCCAAUGCGUCCCGUAGGAAGCUCCAGCGGGAGCUGGAGGAUGCCACUGAGACAGCUGAUGCCAUGAACAGAGAAGUCAGCUCCCUCAAGAGCAAACUCAGGCGUGGGGACCUGCCAUUUGUCGUGACACGUCGGAUUGGCAGGAAGGGUGCAGGAGAGUGCUCCGAUGAGGAAGUGGAUGGCAAGACAGAUGCUGGUGAUGCCAAAGCUACUGAAUAAGUCCUCUCAUUUGACCCAGGUUACAUGCGAUGGAGUGACCCAUCCACCUUCCCCUUUUUUGUUGGACUUUCUGCAAACCCUCUCCUAAGUUGGCUGGGAAUCUGCACAGCAAACCCAGCUCUGUGUGUCUAGAGCCAUUGGGCAUCUGUGUUCCUAGCUUACUCCUCUUUCCAGUUUCCUAAUCCUCUUUGUAUUUAAUGCCAAAGAGUCGGGGCUCUGAAAUCUACCAGCAGAGUUUGGCAACUACGAGGGCUUGUAGAACUGUCUGUGCCAUAUCUGCU